GGGUGGAAUGAUCUGGGACAUACUCUUUUGUAAAACAGUGAGACAAACCAGCGUAAAACAUGCCAACAUUACAUGAGCCUAUAAGACGAAACUAUAGUGUUUCCUGGUGGGUGCAUGGUCUCAACUUUCUCUUGCUUUUCUCUAUUUGGGUUAUUUAUUUGAACUGAACUCAGAUGAAGUACAUCAAACUUGGGGUUCUCCUAAAACACCUGUAACAACUGCAUCAGAAGGAUGGAGUGUUGCUGUAGAAAGGGCAUCUCUGGAGCUAAUGCAGAGCCAAGUGUCAGUAUUGUGGCUCAGAGUGAAGGCCAUAUUACAGCACCUGUAAUCAGUUCUAGUACAAUAACAGGCAAUGUUCAAAUAAUACAUCAUGCUUCUGGUAACACUAGGUACCCAGACUCUGAAAAAACAAAGCCAUCAGCAAAGCACUCACCAGUUCACGAAUAUAAAAGACUGAUUUGCAGAGAUUACCAGCAUGUUACAGAGUAUAACUCUCUGCCCGGUGAACAUGUGCUGCUGUGUCAGCGCUACAUUGAACCUUUGAUCAAUGACAAAUACAGAGAUCGAGAAGAGAGGGAGGAGGAGAUCUGCUCUAAAGGAGAGAGUUUCCAGGGUGUUCUCAGCUCCAGGAGCAGUCAUGAAUCUGUCCUGAACUCUCUGUUUGACCCAGAUGGCCGUGGAAUCACUCCUGGUGCUGUCAUACUGCAGGGAAACUCUGGCAACGGAAAAUCUUUUGUUGUGCAGAAGAUCAUGUUGGACUGGGCAUCUGGUAACCUCUACAGAGAGCACUUUGAUAUUGUGUUUCACCUGAAGUGUAAAGAAAUCAACUGCAUUCCUGACAGAAAGAGUUUGGUGGAGCUCUUGAGCUGGAGUUGCGGUUUAACUUCAGAUCAGAUCUCACAGACGUUACAGGAGUCACCGGAGAGAGUGAUGUUCAUUAUUGAUGGGUUUGAUGAACUUAGACUCACAGAGGACGUCUUUGGCAUGACACCACCCACAGAUCCACACCAGAGAUGCUCACCUGAACUCACUCUUUGUGCCCUGCUGAAGGGACACGUCCAGUCGCAGUCCUUCCUCUUGGUCACCACCAGAUCUACAGCUGCAGACAUUUUGGCCAGUCUGCUCAAGAAACCUCACCGUUUCACUGAGAUUAUGGGCUUCUCUGAACGAGGGGUGGAGGAAUAUUUCCAGAAGUUCUUUCAGGAUGAGGAGCUCUUCAGAAAGGCUUAUAUGUUUGUGAAGUCAAAUGAAACCCUGUUCACUGCCUGUUCAAUUCCUGUUAUCUGCUGGAUCAUCUGCACAGUUAUCAGAGAAAGAUUCAAUGAUGGUGCAGAUGUAACAAGCGGUCUGGAAACGACCACGUCCAUAUAUGUUGACUUUGUGUUCACUCUACUGGAGCAUCACUGUCAGGGUUUGAGUGAGUCUGUCCCGACCCUGCUGAAGAGUCUGGGUCAGCUGGCAGAGAGAGGCACACUGAAACAACAAGUUCUGUUUGAUGCACAGACUGUCCAUAGAAUAGUGCAAGAUCCUGCUCACAGUCCGUUUCUGUGCAAGUUUCUCUUCAAGAAAAGAGUCCAGCAGGAGACAAUGUUCAGCUUCAUGCAUCUCAGCUUUCAGGAGUUCUUUACUGCUCUGUACUAUCUCAUUCUGGAUAAAGACCAGUCCAUAAUGAAACUUACCAAGAUAUGUUCCAUUAACUACAGGCCAGGAGGUCCUCAUUAUUCACCACCACGUUUUGGAGAUGUGGUGAAGUUUGCUUUUGGUCUGUUAAAUAAGGACUUGCAAUGCACACUUAGGAAACAUGGUGUGUUUGUUCAUCGAAGAACAGUCGCACAUCUGAAAACAUGGCUCCUGAAUGAGAUUAAAUACGGCCUUGCUGACCGAUCUCCAUUUUUUCUUAACUGUCUAUAUGAACUUCAUGAAAAGAGCUUUGUGGAAGAAGCUAUGAAUGCCUGGGAUAAGAUUGAUGUGUAUGGUGCAUUCUUAAGAAGAACAGACUGCUGGGCGCUGGUGUACUGCGCUCAGUGCUGCCACAGCAUCAAAGAAAUUAUUCUUGUUGAUUGUAGAUUGACAGCUGAAAAGUUGUCUAUGAUUCUGCCUGCACUUCACAAGUUUGAGAAAUCAUGGUUGACUCCAGAAGACCCAACAGACUGUGAUCUUGCUGAUCUGAUGUGUGCUCUUACAGAAACACAGACCCUAAGCUCACAAUGUGUUGAUGUUGAGCCCAGAACAUAUGGUGAUUCAAAUGGUGAAAUUUGGUCUUUCCAUUCACUUCAAUUGUCAAUCAGUAAUGAACUUUCCAGUAUCCGAUUAAACUUUCCAUGGUACAGAAAAAGUUGUGCGGCACGAUCACUCUACUUCACUCUGCCACGGACAGAACCUAUCGACUGGACAAACCUUUUUCAGAUACUUCAACACAUUGAUUUGGAUGCCUUGACGUCUGUCAUCUAUUCUCGGUCUAAAUUAAAAAAGGUGGAACUGUCUGUAGACUGCCUGAAUGAAAGCUUGUCUGUUUGGACCCUCUCCAUCAGCCAGAAUUGCCCCAGUCUAACAGAACUCAAGAUCGAUGCAUAUUACUUGCUGGAAGAGGGAAUCAGGAUCUUGCGGAGGUCACACACAAGGCCAAAUUGCACUCUGACCUAUAAAGGGUUAAGAUGCAAGAAGCAGUCUCAAAAAUGCACACAUUAUCAAGAGCGUGAACUCAGCUGCAACCAGAUGGUGACAGUUCAUGUGGAUUGUCGGGGCUUUUCUGAGGAGACUUUGCGAAAGCCCUUGUUUUGGGACUAAUAACAGUGAACUACUGAGGGGACAGGACUUCUUAGAGCUGUGCUUGAAUGGAGAUACAUACAAAGUGCAGUUUGAUGUUGCGUUAUGUUGUAAUAGUAUUACUGUACAUAGCUAUGUAGAUAUGUUUUAUUCCUACUCAUUAGAAUCUGGGAUUUUUCUGUAAACUAUAUGAAGUUUUGUGCCAUAACAUCAAAAUGAAAUAAGUGAGCACAUCUUUGUUCUAUUUUUAUUUUAAUAUACUAGACUUUUUUCAGUCUAAAGUAUUACAUGGAAGUAUCUGCAGAUAUCUCUUUAAAAACAUGACACCUGAAAGUUUUUUUGUUGUUUGUUUAAACCAAAUGUGUGCUCUCUCCAAUACUUACAGACAUGGGUAGAAAACAACCCGUUGUUAUUUUUUGUAGCAGAUAACUCAGUGCACUAAUGUGGCCACUGUGAAGGAUGAAGAAAUUAUGUACUGUAUACGUUCAUAGAUAAAUGCAUGAAUAAACAUAGACAUGUUAAAUACAUACUUCUUGAUCAAGAAAAUGACUUGGAUUAUUACUACAUUUACAUUCAUUAGCUUUGUUUUGACAUUUAUUUAUUCCGUUUUUAUGUAUGCAUCAUUUACUGAUUUAUUUAUAGGGCCUAUAGUCAUUUUAGUUCUCCAUCAUCCGCUGGGGGCGAUGCACUGCCGCUAAACACAACAAUCUAAGUUGUCUUACUGACAAAAAGUCAAGGUUUAGCUCAAAAAGACCUCCCUCGGCUUGUUUGCGGUGUUUCUUUUACAAACACCACAUACAACAGGCACAGACAUACAUGCACAAAAGCAAACACUACACGAGUUAAUAAUUAUACAAAAGAAACCGCCCUACUGCUUCCUGGUGGGCGGUGUCAGCUGACUUUCUCUUAUUGUUGUACGAGAGGUGUCUGCUAAAGACAUUUCUCUAUUUCUAGAUCGAUCGUUUGCAACUUUCUUCAAUCGCAUUUCGAUGUUGAACUG